CGUCACCAAAAGAGAGCAAGCGAGAGCAAGAGAAAAAGAGCAGAAGGAUCUUCCGCCCAUCAGUGAUGUGACAAGCUUACAAAUGAAGGCAAAACAACGCAGCCGGCCAUGACGCACUUUUAGCCUCCUCUAUACUUGCCGGCGUCGAAUUCUUGUUUCCCUUUCCUAUUCCGUCUGCGAGCGCCAUGGUGGAGCAGUCGGACAAAGCCCCGCUUCUGGACUGGGAGGAGAUCCCACCGUCCGACGCCAACCGGGCGGCUCCGUCGCCACCUGCUCCGCCGCGGAAGAAGCAGGACCUUCCUGCGGUAAAGAAAAGUUCCUUACCAGUCAGCCUCAUCGUGACGGAUAUCGGUAGGAGGGACGGCAUUUCCUCCGCCACCACCACCACUACCGUCACCUGCAGCCCAACAGCUGUUGUUGGCGGCCGGGAGAGGAGCACGCCAGGCCGGGCACAUAUGCGGGGUCACCCGGCACCUCCCUUCCCGGAUCUGACGGUGACAGAUCAGUGGGAGGAAAAAGACCAGAUCGUGGCCGUGUUUGUGGUCACAUUUAAUUCACGAUCAGGAAACAUGGUGGAGUGGUGCCUGCCUCAUGACAUCAACCUGGAUGGAGUAGAAUUUAAGGCAAUGGCCAGCGGCUCCCAUAGGAUCACUAACGACUUCAUAUAUUUCCGCAAAGGCUGCUACUUCGGGCUGGCCUGCUUCGCUAACAUGCCUGUGGACAACGAGCUGGAGCGUGGAGCCCGGAUGAAGUCUGUGGGGAUUCUGUCUCCUUCCUACACGCUGCUGUAUCGCUACAUGCACUUCCUGGAGAACCAAGUUAGACUCCAGUUGAAGAAUCCGGGUCAUUAUUCUCCACUGGAGGCAUUUUAUGAGGACAAGAAAGCCAUUCUCCCACUGACAGGAAACAGCUUGGUCAACGAAUGCCAUACUUUGAGUGUGACUACCAUCAACCGUUGUAUGCACCCGGAAAUGAAGAUCACUCAUCCAGCUGGCUGCAUGUCCCAAUUCGUCCAAUUUUUCGGAGAGCACAUUAUGGUGCUGUGGAAGUUCGCGCUGCUGAGGAAGCGCCUUCUCAUCUUCUCCCCGCCGCCUGUAGGCGUGGUCUGCUAUCGAGUGUACUGCUGUUGCAGCCUGGCCAAUGUGUCCUUACCUGGCAUUGGCGUGUCGGUGCCAGAACUACGACCGUUCUUCUACAUAAACAUAGCUGACAUCACUACCCUGCAAACAGAGCUGUCAUAUGUAGCCUGCACCACGGAGAAGAUUUUUGAGGACAAGAAGGAGCUGUACGACCUUUACGUCGAUAACCAAAAUGUGAAAACGCACAGGAGCCAUUUGCUGCCCUUGCUGCGACCGAACGCCGGAGAUAAGGAGCGGUACAGGAAGCUUAACGAGCAGAGACAAAUGUUGCUGUACUCCCAAGAGGUGAAUGGAGACUGCACGUCCAACGAGGAGGAUCUCAUUAUUGUGUUCUUCAUGGAACUUAAUAACCGCAUCUUCCAGAUCCUGUCCGAAGUGGCGGGGAGCGCUGACCCCAUCCUGACAGCUGAGCAUGUGAGGGCCAUGGGGCUGGACCCUCAGGGCGAUCGCUGCUUCCUGGUGGAGCUGCUGGAGGUGUACGGCGUCGACGUCACUCUGGUCAUAGACAACCUCUGCUGCCACUAGCCUUGGAAAGUUGGGAUUAUAACGGAUCGUGGCGACUUCAAGGUUCUCCCACACAUACUGUACACACUGAGACAAAAACGUUCACCUUGAGCCUUGCCUGCGUUUCCUCUCUUUUCUUUUGUUUGUCAUUGGGCUACCGACGGAAAAUAUGGACUCCCUCUGAGACGCCGGUGCUGCUUUGGCAGUGCUGUGUGCUCCUUUAGCCGUCUUAUCACUGCACUAUUUUUGUUUGUGCUUCUACACUGAAUGUGUGGUCGGUAAUAACACAGCACGUUUGCUCUCUAACUUCAUAUUUAUGGAGUAGGACUGAGUUUUGGACUUUUUAAAGGCUUGACCACUCUUUUUGCCUUUAAAAAAAAAAAGCAAUAGAAGUCUUUGUCCAUUAUCAGCCGUUUUUUUUUUUUUUUGUUUACCUUCAAGCACCUUGAACAUGAGAUAAGUAUGUGUUUUUUUGGUUGAGUUGAGGUCUGAAUGAAUGGGAUUCUACUACACGUUAUCGUGAAUGCUGCAACAAGCCACUGGACUGUUUUUCAUGAUGCACACCCAUACUAGGACACAUCUUAAACUCCUUGUCACUUGUUAGGUACUACUUUUGUCGCCUUGACACUUGACUUUAUAUUGUACAUACACGCACAUUUAUGGCCCUGGAAAAUGUACCAACGGUUACCUCAGAGUCUACAAAAAUGUUUGCUUUCAGCUAUUUGAACCACUACAGUGCUACUACAAAAACAGAAAAUCAAUGACGUCAUCAGAAAAGUACAUACAGUACAGGCCAAAAGUUUGGACAAACCUUCUCAUUCAAUGGGAUUUCUUUAUUUUCAUGACUAUUUACAUUGUAGAUUGUCACUGAAGGCAUCAGAACUCUGAAUGAACACAUGUGGAGUUAUGUACUUAACAAAAAAAGGUGAAAUAACUGAAAACAUGUUUUAUAUUCUAAUUUCUUCAAAAUAUCAAUCAAUCAAUCAAAGUUUCAAAGGGCUGCACAAGCCACAACGACAUCCAAAAUAGCCACCCUUUGCUCUGAUUACUGUUUUGCACACUCUUGGCAUUCUCUCGAUGGGCUUCAAGAGGUAGUCACCUGAAAUGGUUUUCACUUCACAGGUGUCAUAGUUUUGAUGCCUUCAGUAACAAUCUACAAUGUAAAUAGUCUUGAAAAUAAAGAAAACGCAUUGAAAUGAAAAGGUGUGUCCAAACUUCUGGCCUGUACUGUAGGCGCAAUCCAAAUUAAUUUAUUGACAACAUUCACACAUUAUAACGGGACUGUAGUUUGUCGUUCCAACUCCGCACAGGAGAUGGCGUCGUAACUUUUUCAUGCAUUUUCUGUUCAUCAAAAUAGUGAUGUAUCAGAUGUACAAUGACGUAUACAAUAACUUUAAAAUCAGUACACACGUACAUAGAGCCCAUGAAACAGUUUUUUUUAGUCUAUGCUGUACGAAAUAAAACCAACACCUGUUCGGCAAUAAUUUCAUGUUCUGUUGGUAAAUAAUAAAUUAUGUACAGUAGGAAGGGGAUUCAUAUGGCACCAUUCAUCACAGUUUACAUGACACAUGAAACGUAACUAAUUGGUGGGCGGGUGCACUAUCCACUUUAGUCACCAGAUGGCAGUACAGUGUUGAAUAUCUUAAAAUGUGUUUUAUGGCAAUUCCAACUUUGACCACAGUGUCAGUUGCUAUGUAGAGUGGUACUUUCCAUUAUUUUCAGCAAAACGAUGAACUCUUACGCGAGAUCCACUCAGUAAUGGGGCCAUAUGAUUCCCUUCCCUACUGUAUGGGGUCAAAACAGUGCCAAAAUUGCAUCUUUUCGCGAUGUGUCUUUCUCUAUGCGGGACAUUUAACCCAUUUGGCACUUAGGGGCAGGCAUUGAAUCAUCCUUUCUGAUUGGUCACUUUAAACGCCUUAAUUCAAACUAAUUUUCAGCGUAAAUUGUGUCCUUUUUAAAGAAGAGUAGUUCAGACAAAAUUAGCCAUUCUGUCGUUCCUUAUGCAGUAAAGUGCUUAAAAUAAAAACAACAAAAAUUACACAUAAAUUUAAUGACAUUAUCGAUGUGUUCUUGUCUUCCUUAGGGAUUGUGAGGGUAUCACUCUGUCAUUAUGACACCCGAGCAUCGAUAAUGAUUUACAUGUUAUCAUAUAAAGUUGGUCUAUAAGCAGCGGUGUCAAACUGGUUUUCAUUUCAUCGCAGUAAUGGCUACCUUCAGAGGCUCGUUUUUUGUUUUUUUUUAAUUAUGCAUGCGAGCAAUAACUUGUGAUUAAUCAAAAUUCAAAUUGAUCUGAUUUAAAAAUAUAUAUAUAUAUAUAUCAUUUGACAGCAUUGAUAUAAAUGUGUACCAGUAAUCACCUCAUAUUAUUACCCUAUUGCCUAUGCACUCGAUUAUUAGAUUUUUUCAUGUACAAACUGUUAUCUUUACUGACAUAUUUUUGUAAUACACUAUAUAAUAAUGCAAUGGCAUGAUUAGAUGAUAACGUUUAGACGAUACGCAUUUUUUCUUGUCAAAAUCGAACUAAUUAUUUGCAUUUAGUAAAAAAAAAAAAAAAAAAA